GAGAAAUCACAUCUGAGAGCCGAUUUAUCCAAAAACUGUACUGUAAAAGAAGCAAAUGGUUGCCAUUAGUCCCAUGCGGAUGACGUUUGCUGUGACUUUGGGAAUCGCUGUUAUCCUCGGUAUUGUUAGCCUCUCAACCGAUUCCACAAUUUUACAUGCUGAAACUGCAAAACAAAAAUCAUACGUGGCAUUUAGCGUGAUUGGCAGCAUUUUGAUAAUCACAUCACUUCUGCUCAUCCUCCUGCUGCUGCUUCUGUGUGGAGAACGGUACAAGCCAAUGAUGGUCAGCAUUAUUAUUUGUACGGCAAUGGGAAUGAUUUGCCACGCCGUUUCCGUUGGAGUCAAAUCCAGUAUCGAGCCUCUUCCCACUUCCGCAUGGAUGCUAUCUACACUCUGGACGUGUGUAAUAGCUGUGAUUAUUGCCCUGGUCUUUUUGGUUUCCGACCCGGAAAGCAUAUAAUCAUCAUGUACCACAACGGUGGAAAUUCUUGGAAACAUGAAAUUGCGUAGAGGACGCUGAAGAUCAUGAGCAGGUUAUUUCCUAACUAGCAGAAUAUCAAUAUUCUGAUUAACACCAAAGAUUUUAAAACCCAAUGGGGUUCGACCUUUUGAAUUUUCUUAUUUUUUCUAUCUUACUCGGAAUACAACCAGCUU